AUGGGCCUGGUUAUUGCCACUUUGCGUAAGUACUUCCUCCUUACCCCAGUUAUUCUCCUGCUAACCAUUGAAAAUGGUGUUCUUCAAACGACCGCAACCACAGCUGUUCAGCUCCACCAUCGGACGCUUCAUCUCCUUCGCCAUGACAGGCAUGAUCAUCGUUGUCGUGCCCAUCUACCAAGCAGAGAUCGCCCCAGAGGCCCCAUGGGGCCUGAUAACCUUCAGCUCAUGAUUCUUCUUGGCUCUCUAGUGGCGUCGCUUGUUACCUGCGGCACUAGUUCGAUGAAGACCCGCUGCAUGGCACAUUCCAGUGGCCUUGCAAUUACUCGUACCGGCCUUCCUACUCGCUACAUUGUUCUGGGUCGCUGA